AUGGAGAAACAAGAUUUGCAACGAAUAAUGGAGAUGCUGAUAGAGGUAAAGGCCGAUAGGAAGGUUGACAAAGAAGAAAUGCAGCGUGAGUGCCGUAAGAACAAGCAGAAAUUGAAGCAGCGAAAGGAGAAUGACUUUGCUUUGGCUAUGGUGCGGAAUCAAGAGCCAGCUAAGAAGUGCAGCAAGUUGGUUUUACCAGAACCUCAGAUAUCAGAUCAGUUUUUCUUACUACUCCAGUUACUACUACUACCAUACUUCCUGGCUGCAGAUCUUUGGAGACUAGAAGCUCUCACUGGCAAUCUGACAAACAUUACAGGGCUGAACAGCUCAUGGAGACAACACAGAAAAAAUAUGCAACUGGUAUCAAUUCCAACAGGAGAUGAUAACAUAUUUGACUUCUUAUCAGAUCCAUACAUCACAUCUAACAAACCUUAUCUGGGAAAAUUCUGCAGAGUUAUUUGGCAGUUUCAGUUGUUUCAGAAAGUUCUAGAAGGAACAGAUAUGGAUAGCAGUGAAAUGAAUAUAACUAGAGCAUUUGCUGAAAACGAAGAUGUGAGGAAACUGCUGUAUGGUGGAAAAUCCAAAAACUGGGCAGAUCUUCUAAAGGAGGUGAUGGGAAUAAAUGAUUUGGAUUCUGGACCACUCAUGUAUUUCCAGAAACUGGAGUCAUACCUGGCAAAAUUGGAGCAGUUAAAUCCAGUUAAGACAAGCAGACAUGUACCAGAUCUACCAGUACACCACCAACAAGCACUGUAAGAAUUCUCAGUAAGAGUUCAAACGACACUAACACAACUAUAGGAACUGUGAACUCUACAGUUUCUUCUGUAGAGCAGAAUUCAGUCAGCAGUGAACCUGAAUCGAAGUUGGGUAGUGGAACAAUUGCUCGUUAUCUGUGCAGCUCUUGCUGCUGUGGUUGUUAUUAUUGUGGUUGGUCAUCAAUAUUUUAACAAGUGUAUUGGAAAGAGAAGGAACUAACGUGAGUGGUCAGGUGAUUUGCUCCCCAAAAUUGGCUAAAACCCGUCAGAGUUUUGCCUUCGUGUACGGUAUACCCUCUGCUUUUUGUAUGACUACAGCACUUCCAACCCCUGUUGCACUCACGUUUAUCUAGCAUAUCUGCUAGCUCAACCCUGAACUUACCAUCACGUGUUAGUUACUAGACAUGGGGUUUGGACUGGUAAUUGGAUUUAUUGAACACUUAUAACUCGUAACUACAAGUAAUUAUUAUACCUUCUCAGAUCACUGCAACUGCAGAACAUAUAAAGUCUUCAAUGUCUUCGCUGGUCAUAACGGCUCUGAAUAAGGGGUACUCCUCUGCUGGCUGGCUACCGUCUUACAACUAGCUCAUGACUCAGCAGCAACUACCUGGCUUCCAGUCCCAUAAAUUGCUCCCGGUCCUUGUCAGCAUAGUUGCUCUUGGUGUCGGACCGCAUUGGGACCCAUAACCUAAUUUACGUUCGUUCCAAGACUGUUUAUUUGCAUGACAGUGGGGUUUCCUCUGCGACUAAAGAAGGGGUUUGUCUGACUGACUGCUCAAUUGCUAUUGGUACUCGCCAGCAAAGUGACCCUUUGUUCCAUGCUACUACUUACCAUAUUUUGUCUGAUGGGUUUGGAAGCCUUUAUACCCCUCUGCAUCCCAGUGGCUUUUAGGAGAGAGAGACAGAGAGAGAAGGGUGGGGAAGUAGUGAGAGAUGCUGUAUUACGGUGAAGUUUUGAUGUGAAGCAUGCUCAGAUCACAGACCCGACCUCUCCUCAGAGAGGGCGCCCCACAUGCACAGGACAGUUCACUUUCACCACACUGACUGACCAUCAGUCGCAACAUGACUUUGAUUUUGACUUGACUUGUGAAAUCAUGCAUAUGACCGUUCAAGCGACUAGACUGCUGUGGUAGGGAAUACCUCUAGAAAUAGAGCAUAAUCUGCUGUCCCGAGCCUAGACUGACAGAGGCCUUUAUAUUAUACGAGUACAUACUAGAUAUUAAUGCUCAGUUGUAGGACUGCACCAUAGCUCAAGUGGUAGUGGCUGGCUUCCCACCGCAGUGGUCCGGG